GUAAAGGCCUGUGUGCUUGAUGAUCACCGCUUUAAGGUGCAGAUGGAUAUCCGCUACACAGCUAGUAAUCUGUCGCCCAAACAAACGUCACGUGAUGCAGCAGAGAAACUGCUGAAGUGAAAAAGACAGAGGAUGCAGGAUGAAGAAAAACUGCUGCUGCUGCUGCUGCUGCACUGUAGUGUGUCUGGACUGUCCAGAUGUUUCAGCUCCUGGCUGUUAGACAUGUUAUUGCGACAUGCCUGGCUAGACUGUUACACAUCAGAGUUAAGAGGUAUUGCAGAAUGCAGCAGGAAUCCCUCUGAGGAGGCGUUUCCCGGAUGGGUACUGUGUUAAAUAUUACUCACUUAUAAGCUACAGAGGCAAAACUCUACUUGUGUGAAAGUCUCUAUGUUUCAGCAUACUCAAGUAUUCAAGAGAUGUCUCACCAGCAGAAGGUCGUGGAGCGUACCAGGAAGGCCUUUCAUACCGGCCGCACCAAACCGCUAGAGUACCGCAUCACACAGCUAAAGAACCUCCAGCGUCUUUUUGUGGAGAAGCGGAAGGAGAUCGCAGAUGCUCUCAAGAAGGACCUCAACAAGAGCGAGUUUGGCAUCCCGCUGUUUGAGACGCUGGGUCUGGAGGGAGAGAUCAACUUAGCUGUAAGCAAGCUAGCCGAGUGGGCUGCUCCACGACCCGUGACUAAAAACCUGAUGACCAUUUCAGAUCAGGUGUACAUUCAGCCCGAGCCACUGGGAGUGGUGCUCGUUAUCGGGGCCUGGAACUACCCCUGGGCCGUCACCAUCCAACCACUGAUCGGAGCCAUCACUGCAGGUAAUGCUGUUGUUAUUAAGCCAUCAGAAGUAUGUGUUCACACUUCCAAAGUGAUGGAGGAUCUUCUGCCAUUGUACCUCGACAAGGAGAUGUACCCAGUGGUUACUGGUGGAGUCCCAGAGACUCAGGAGCUGCUGAAGCAGAGAUUUGAUCACAUCUUCUACACCGGUAACUGCAUGGUUGGGAAAGUGAUCAUGGAGGCAGCUGCUAAACACUUAACCCCUGUUACACUGGAGUUGGGUGGAAAGAGUCCCUGCUACAUCGAUAAGAGCUGCGAUCUUACCAUUGCCUGUCGACGUAUUGCUUGGGGAAAGUACACAAACUGUGGUCAAACAUGCAUUGCACCAGAUUACAUCCUCUGUGACCCGAGCAUCCAGGACAGAGUAAUAGAAGAGAUAAAGAAGAAUGUGAAGGACUUCUACACAGAAGAUCCCAAAACCUGCCCGGAUUACGGACGCAUCAUCAACACGCGCCAUUUCAAGAGAGUGAUGGCGUUGAUGGAGGACAGCACAGUGGCUGUGGGAGGAGAAACGGACGAGUCUGAGUGCUACAUUGCUCCAACUGUCUUAAGAGAUGUGAAGCCUGAGGCAAAGGUCAUGCAGGAAGAGAUCUUUGGACCCCUUCUGCCCAUCCUGAGUGUUGGCAGUGUGGAUGAGGCCAUCGAGUUUAUCAACCAGAGAGAGAAACCUCUGGCCCUCUACAUCUUCAGCUCAGACAACAAGCUUAUCAAGCGUAUGAUCUCAGAGACUUCCAGUGGAGGCGUUUUGGCCAAUGACUGCUUGGUCCACUUCUCAGUCACCUCUCUGCCGUUUGGUGGUGUUGGCAACAGCGGGAUGGGCUGCUACCACGGCAAGUUUACCUUCGACCAGCUGAGUCACCAGCGAGGCUGCCUCAUCAAGCAGCUGAAGAUGGAAGGAGUGAACAAAAUGCGCUACCCACCGCACACGGCGAAGAAACUGGACUGGGCUCGCUUCUUCAUCCUCAGUCAGGUGGAGAUGGGCAAGCUGGCUUUCAUGGCUCUAAUGGCUCUGCUGGUUGUCGGCGCUGCCGUGAUGAUUCAGAGAUACCUUGCUGACUGAGAGAGUAAAGCUGAGAUGCUGAGAAUUUAUCUCCAGGUCUGAGGAAAGCAACCAAUCAGGAUAGUCACUUCUCCCAUGGCUGCUCCACUUCCCUGCCUUAAUCUGAACAUUUUAACAGCCUUGAAAGUACUUGCUUUUAAAUCACCUCUUGUAAUAGUGCUGCGUCUAAUGAAGGAUCCAAAUUCAAUGCACACUGAUUAAUAAUGAUUUCCGAAUGUGACGUUAAUAUUAAUGCCACUUUAAUCUGUGAUUAACUUGCUUACAUGGGUUUGCCCUGACUGAAGUAUAGUCUUUAUUCUGUUUUUAAUCAGGACGAUUUUAAUGAAGGAAAAGAAAUCAUUUCACGGUUGCUAUGUAGCAUCAUAAGUGUGGUAACACUAUAUUUGAAGGCCUUUAUAACAUUCAUAACCAUUGCAUUGUGUCCUUUGCUUUACAUGAAAAAGAUUAGAGGAAACAUCUGUAUUUACAGAUUUAUCAUUAUUGGUCAGCUGCUUGAAAUUGAUACGGCAAUUUCUUUUCCCUUAUCUUGUAAGUUAUUAGUUUGUUUUUACCAACAGCACACUCAGGAUACUUUGAUAAAGCUGCAGAAAGUAUACACUGUACUUUGUAACAAUGUGACAAACGCAGAUUGAUUACCACUUUAAAACAGUUCAUGCAUAUGAGCUUUGUAAAUAUGUGAAGUUGUACUGAAACGGUGCUUUAUAACAGUUUUGAAUGCAAGUUGACAGGCAGCAUACAAUUACAUAUACAUAACAUAAUAUCCAAAAGGUCAGAUGACAAGGGGACGCUUCACAGAAGACUUUAUAGGAGACAUCUUGAUUCUUCAUGCACAUGCAUUUAGUAAAGACAGGGUAAUAACUUCCAAGAUAAUGGGAGAUCGUGAGUGGCUGGGAGACAAGGAAGCAUAAAUUACACAUUUUCCGUUUCUCACGCUUCUGUCAAUCACAGCUUCACUAGCCAAUCGUGGGAGUCUGUGAACUCAUGUAUGCAGAAGAGGGCAGACAGCUGUUGUAUGAUAGUGGAGUGCUGGCUGGUGGGUGGGACUUGGCAGAUGACCAAAAUGGGGGGGG